AUGCCGGCGGCUCUUCAUAGCUUUUCAUUCUUACCGCUGUCCGACAUUGUUGCACAGCAUAUAAUGGAGAAAUUCUCUUCUUUCCGAGAUCCUGGAACGGGAAUUCAGCCUUUCCUUGCGCCAGUUCCACCACAAGAGCGUGACUUCUUCGUCACUUUUCUGACGCCCGUUAGAGUGAUUGUCGCUGCACUACGGACUGCCGUGGUUAUUGUGCUUACUCUAGUCCAUUUUGUCUUAGUUCAUGUGAUCGGCUUCCUCUGUCGUCCUGUUUUGCCACUACAAGAUCUAAUUUCGUGGCUGGGCACCGCCCUGCUUGCGCGUUUGGCACUCUACGCUAUAGGAUUUUGGUGGGUGUCCACGGAGCUCGUUGUUCGAAAAAGAGGAAAACUCCCCGAGAACAAGUGGAAUCCACGAGCAGGGGACCUUAUAGUAUCAAACUGGUCCUCUUGGAUAGAAGUCCUUUGGUUGGCAUACCAAUACAACCCAAUUUUUGUGUUACCUGUUGCAAAUGCACCUACAGCGCUCUCUUCCACUAGAGACGCAUCAUCAAUAUCGUAUACUCCAGGACGAAAGACUGGGACUGGAUCCGCAGCUAUAUCUUCUGUUAACCGAGUAUUGAGCUCACCAGAAGUCAUCCACGGUUUUCGUCAGGCACCUUCCUCUGCGCCUUUACGCAGUCUUGAAGAUAUCCGUCGUUCAGUACGUCGCCCUGUUGUGGUAUUUCCUGAAUGUACGACCAGCAACGGUAGGGGCCUGCUUCGAUUCACUGAUGUCUUUAAUGGCGCAAGUGUUCCUGCAAAAGGCUACGACAUCUUCUUGAUGUGUGUCAGAUACGAUCCCCCGACAUUGUCGCAACCGUCCUUGUCCCACUCGAUCCCGGAUACUACACUCAACCCCCUCCGACAUCUGUUUCAAAUCUGUACUUGUCUUUCUCCGCAAUCUAUCUCGAUCCGCCAACUUCCGCUCUCAGAAUCACCCAGCUCUCAGCUCUUCAUGGUCAAUGAAGUCUGCGCUGUGCUUAUAGCGAGACUGGGAAAGAUGAAAAGGAUCGGUUUUGGAUGGGAAGACAAAUACGCCUUUUUAGACUUCUAUCGUGGAAGGCGAUGAUCUCGACCUGGGCAGAUCCGCUCAUCUCGUCUAUUUAGUUAUACAAGAACUCAGCGGUCAUAUUUAUGCGAUCGCGGAGAACUCCAAUACUAACUUACUUACCCAUUGGAGUUACCCAAGAGAAAUUCAUUCUUGGCUCUGCUGGAAAUGAUUGUAGAUCCCCUGCAAAUCAUUCAGUCUUGUUUGAUGUACUAAAAUAACUACAU